UCAGGCAGCAGAGCAGGACCAGGCAACAUUCCCUCUGCCGCCCGCCUUCUCCUGUUUGACUGUAGCAUCGACACGCUGAUUCAUCGUCUCUGUCUCCUUACUUUUCUCUAAAGGAUUUUAUUGAUACCUGUCCUCCAGGACCCAGUUUUCCAUUUUAACGACAAGCUUCCAGAAGUCAUGAGUGCAUGCAGCAGGAAGGCUUUGACUUUGCUCAGCAGUGUCUUUGCAAUCAGCGGCCUGGGGUUGCUGGGGGUGGCGGUGAGCACCGAUUACUGGCUCUACCUGGAGGAGGGUGUCAUCAUGCCUCUGAACCAGACAGCUGACAUCAAGACUUCACUGCACUCAGGACUCUGGAGAGUUUGCUUUCUGGCUGGUGAGGAGUUGGGCCGCUGCUUCACCAUUGAGUACAUGAUGCCUACGAGCCUCCAGCUGACGUCAGAGUCCACAGGAAAUGUGCUCAAGAUGAUCCGCUCAGCGACUCCUUUUCCUUUAGUCAGCCUCCUCUUUAUGUUCAUCGGUUUCGUUCUAAACAACAUUGGACACGUCCGUCCUCACCGCACCAUCCUGGCGUUUGUCUCAGGAAUCUUCUUCAUUCUUUCUGGGCUGGCUCUGGUGGUGGGUCUUGUACUGUACAUCUCCAGUAUAAACGAUGAGAUGCUCAACAGAACAAAGAGCAGUGAGGCCUUUUUCUCCUAUAAGUAUGGCUGGUCUUUCGCCUUCGCUGCCCUCUCUUUCCUGCUCACUGAGAGUGCAGGAGUCAUGUCAGUCUACCUGUUUAUGAAGCGCUACACAGCAGAGGAGAUCUAUCAGGCUCGCCAUCCAAAUUUCUACCGACCCAGGCACAGUAACUGCUCUGACCACUCUGGUCAGUUCCUCCACCCUGAGUCCUGGUCACGUGGACGGAGCCCCUCAGAUAUCUCGAGCGAUGCUUCAUUUCAAAUGAGCAUCAACUACCCUGCUCUCCUCAAAUGUCCUGACUAUGAGCAGGUGUCAUCCUCGCCCUGCUAAGUCUCCAGAGGCCUAUUGAAGGCCACCAUAAAAUCUCCUAGAGUCAAAUUGCUGAGUCAACAAAGAGUUUAAUUUCUGGUAACAAGACAAACCAAAUAGAUUUUUUUUCUUAAAGUUACUUCUUAGUUUUCUUUUUCUAUUUUGUUAAACUACUUACAGUUGAAAGACUAAGUGAACUACGUUUAGACUUUGGGUCAAAAUAGUAUGCUGGAAAUUAUUUAUAAAUUUGUAUCUAUAUGUAGACCAUCAAAUACCUUUCAAUCUUCAUACUGUGCCUUGUAAAGGUCUCAUAAAAUGCAUCAUAUUCCUCAUUAAUGUUCGUAGAACUACACUCUUCGGUGGAUUUCAGUAGGAUUAGGUGUGAAAGAUCAACACAGAUCAGUGCAUGGUUAAAACCUGCUAAACAAAUAAUGCCUGGUUUUCAAGAUAUUUCAAUAAUAUGAUUUGGGA